CGGGUCACGUGAUCAAGUUCGGGCGCUCUACUUAAGCUUGUGGCGCGCGCGCGUCUCUGUUCGUGUUUUAGCGUUGUACCUAAACACAGUGUGUUGAAGUUAAGCAGUAACGCCGUUAAGGGUGCUCUAAGAUAACUGAAGAAAUGAGUUCUGUCAGAAAAAUGAAGCAAGUGGAGAACCCAUCUGGAAAUCUGAAGAAUUUUUUUACAGCACAAACAUCAGGGGCAUCUUCUGGGAGGAGAACACUUCAAGUCCUCCAGCCAUCUGCUGUCAAUAAGCCUCUUGGGAAGAUGAUUGAGACUGGAAAGGCUGUUCCUAAGAGGAAGCUAUGGGGUGCUGACCAGGUGAAGGGAUCAAAGAGGGUUAAAGCUGAAGUGGCAGUGAAAAAUGUAGACCCAGAAAAUGAAAACCAAACUGAAGGGAUCUCGCAGGAAGCUUAUGAGCUAAUGGUCAAAGAAACCCCAACUACGUCUUACUGGAAGGAGUUGGCAGAGGAGCGACGGAAAGCGCUUUUCAACGUUCUCCAAGAGAAUGAGAAGCUUCACAAAGAAAUCGAAGCCAAAGACGAGCAGAUUGCUAAGCUGCAAAAUGAAAAUGAUGAACUACAGGAGCUAGCACAGCAUGUACAACACAUGGCUGACAUGAUCGAGCGCCUAACUGGUAAAAGUCCAGACAACUUGGAAGAACUAAGAGAAAUUGCCUUUGAUGAUGAUGAUGAUUCCAAGUGCGAAAAUGAAGACUCUGGAAAUGUUCUAAAGGACGAGGAAACAAACACAGAAGGUUCAGAGGAUGUAGGAAAUGUGACUGAAACAGAGGACCUGGUCCCAGAGGAUGCAUCAGAGUAGCCUUUAAACUUGGACAGUUCAGAACUGUGACCUGUGAAAUGCUGUUAAGUUUGAUUUAACUUGUUUCUUGACUUCUCAAGUGAUGUGCAAUUACCUUUUUAAAGAUUUUUAUGUAAACUUCAAGCCUUGUAAAAACUUUGAAACUUGAUGGUUAACAUGUUAUCUGUACAUAUGUAAAACUGACAUGUACUUGAAUAAACUGCCAUAUUUUUAUAACCA